AAACGUAUGCAGAGUUUUGUCUAUAUAGUGCCUAACAGAGAAGUUUAAUCUGGCCACAGUAAGGGUGGCAAUGAAAGGAUAUCUUUCAACUCUAGUGUCGUGGCUCCUCCUCACCAUUCAGAUUUCCCUGGGAGAUGAUGAGUUGAAGCUGACAAAUGGAACUGGCCCCUGCUCUGGGAGAGUGGAAAUAAAACAUGAGAAUCGAUGGGGAACUGUUUGUGAUGGUGACUGGAACAGAGAAGAUGCUGAAGUUGUUUGCAAACAAGUAGGAUGUGGAUCUGCUGUUCAGGCCCUUAACCAAGCUCCUUUUGGAGAAGGAUCUGGACCUACAUGGUUGUAUCGAGUUGAGUGCCGUGGUAAUGAAUCUGCUCUCUGGAACUGCCCGCAUUCAGGCUGGGAUGCCUUUACCUGCCCUCAUUAUUUUGAUGUUGGAGUGAUCUGCUCAGGUUUCUCAGGUCUGCAUCUGUUUGGAGGGGACACUGCCUGCUCAGGGCACCUGAAAAUAAAGCAAGAAGAAACUUGGACUACAGUUUGUUACUCACACAUUGAUCUCAGUUCUGCCUCUGUUAUAUGCAAUGAGUUAAGGUGUGGCCAGGCUGUGGAUGUCUUGAGAGGAGCUGACUUCAGAGACAGACAAGAAUUGAUCUGGCAAGAAGAGUUCCACUGUGUGGGGAAUGAGACUCACCUCGCACACUGUCCCAGGAUGUUGCAGCAUAGUGAGGCAUGCUCUCAUGGUGCUUAUGUUCUAUGUUCAGGCUAUGGUGGUUACAGGUUGGUAAAUGGCAGUACCACGUGCUCAGGGAGAGUUGAGCUUCUUCACGGAGGCUCAUGGGGAACACUCUGUGACUACCUGUGGAAUUUUCCAGCUGCCAAUGCUCUCUGCCAGCAUCUGGACUGCGGAGUUGCACUAUCAAUACCAGAUGGACAGUCCUUUGGAAAAGGAAAUGGGUCUUUCUGGAAUGGUACAUUCAGCUGUAAGAAGAAUGGCUCGUACAUUAGAAACUGUUCUGUGAGUGUACUAGAUCAGAAUGAAUGCCCUGCCGGAAAUGAUGCUCGUGUGAUAUGCUCAGGGUGCCCAGGGAGCAGACUAGUGAAUGGCACCACAUGCUCUGGCAGAGUGGAAAUCCGCCAUGGAGAUACAUGGGGAAGACUCUGCCGCUCCCAUUGGAAUUUGCAGGCUGCUAGUGUUCUCUGCCAUCAACUGAACUGUGGCUAUGCAAAGUCAAUCCAGACAGGAGACAGUUUUGUGGAUGGGAAUGGGCCUGUAUGGAGAGAUGCUUUUCACUGUGAAGGGACAGAGUCCUGCCUGUGGGAUUGUGCUCAACUGACUUUGGGCAAUCCAACCUGUUCAGCCAAAGAAGUAGCCACUGUUGUUUGCUCAGGUCUUGCUGAAUCACUCAGACUCUCAGAUGGUCAGAGCCGCUGUGAUGGGCGAGUCGAAAUCUCCCUCCAUGGCAUGUGGGGCAGAGUCCUAGAUGAUGACUGGAACAUUAAAGAUGCUCAUGUGGUAUGCAGACAGCUCCAAUGUGGAAUAGCGAAGAGAGCCUUUUACCUUCCAAGGUCCAAACGAGGCAUCGGUCCUGUGGGCUUAAGAAGCGUCCAGUGUGAUGGAAAUGAGACUCAGCUAGUGCACUGCAAGACCUCCCAUUCUCAGGCACUGUCAACAGGAGUUGCUGAAGAUGUUGGUGUGAUUUGCUCUGAGAGCCAGAAGAUCAGGCUGGUGAAUGGAACAAAACGCUGUGCUGGGAGAGUGGAGCUUUAUCAUGAUGGCAUCUGGGGCACUAUCUGUGAUGAUAACUGGGAUCUAUCAGAUGCAAAUGUUGUUUGCAAGCAGCUGGGAUGUGGAUAUGCCAUCAAGGCAUUACACUCUGCUCAUUAUGGAGAAGGCUCAGGGCAAAUCUGGCUGGAUGAUGUGAACUGCACCGGGUCUGAAUCCAGUCUCUGGGCAUGUCCCUCUAGGGAACGGGGUCAUCACAACUGUCAACACAAAGAGGAUGCCGGAGUCCUAUGCUCAGAGUUCCUGGCUCUGAGGCUGGUGAAUGGCAGUGACUGUGCUGGACGGCUAGAAGUUUUCUACAAUGGGACAUGGGGGAGCAUUUGCUCCAAUCGUAUGUCUCAACUCACUGUAGUGACUGUAUGCAAACACCUGAACUGUGGAGAUGGUGGGGUAAUUGAAAGAGAUUUCAAAUACGGCAGAGGUUCUGGGCCCACAUGGCUGGACCACAUUGCGUGCACUGAGCAACACAGCUCUCUCUGGCAAUGUCAGUCAGACCCCUGGGAUCCUCAGUCAUGCAAUAACCGAGCAGAAGAGACCCAUAUUUCUUGCACUGGAAGAAAAGGAACAAUGACUCCAGCCACAUUUACAGAGUGUCCAAACUCUACAAGUUGCUCAGACAGGGAGAAGUUACGUGUUGUAGGAGGAGAGGAUGCGUGCUCAGGAAGAGUGGAGAUUUGGAAUCAGGGCUCUUGGGGAACAGUCUGUGAUGAUUUCUGGGAUGUGGCAGAUGCUAAUGUUGUAUGCAGGCAACUGGGCUGUGGAUCUGCUGUGUCUGCUCUGAGUGAAGCUGCCUUUGGGGAAGGGACCGGUCCCAUCUGGCUGGAGAAGGUCCACUGUAAAGGAACAGAACUGUCUCUUUGGGACUGUCCUUCCAAGCCCAUGCUCGGCAAAAACUGCAAUCACAAGGAGGAUGCUGCCGUGAAUUGCUCAGGUGUGACAGAAACAACAGCACCAUUCACUAGAGCAGCUUCACCCCGCCGUUCAGUGGCAGACAACAUGAGAGUUUCAACGCCUGUCAUCCUCUGCAUUAUCCUGGGGGCCCUUAUCUGCCUGAUUCUUGCCAUUCUCGUUGGACAGAUCCAAAAAGCCAGGGCACAGCAGAGAGGCUCCAGGCUAUCCUAUGACCCCUUCAAUGAGGUUGUCUAUGAGGAGAUUGACUAUAAACUGAUGAAGGAACACCAAGGGAUGUCUGGCCUCUCAGAGGGUUCCACAAAUGAACGAUUUUAUGGUGGAGACUGUGACAAAGAAAGUGAUCCUGAAGCAAUUCAAGAGGUCCCACCAUUGCCUGGAAAUAACCUGGAAGGUGGUUAUGAUGAUGUGACAGAAGCUCCUGGACCUGAAGAUGCUUCUCCUUCCGGGCAGAAUGAGCAAAAAAUCAUUGGAGUCUCAGAAGAAUGUGACAGAAACAAGGAUUCAUGGAAAGGUGAGGCCAGAAGAGCACUGCUGCUGAUUUUCAUAGCCUAUAGUUAUUGUACCAAACUCAGGGAAAAUCAAGGUGGAGCAUACCUCAAAGGAUCACCUAGAUUUUAUCUAAUCACUACAAGGAAGAAAUGCUAUCUACCUGCAUCUUCUCGUUAGAUGUUUGUUAAACUGGUCUUUCGGCCAUUCAGUAAGUGUUCUCACAACUUCUGCGGGUAAUCUAUACCUAUGUUGUUUUUCUCCUUAUAGCUAUAAAAUUCUUGCCUGUUGCCUCACUUGUCUUACCUGCUGGAAAUUAAAAUUGCUGCCUCUUACUAGGAUUUUCAUGGGGAUAGAACAGUUUCAUUGAUCUUUGUAACAGCUUUUGAGUACUUGAAGACUGUUAACAUAUCUCCCCUCAGUUUUGUUUUCUAUUUUGUCUCUCUACAAUGAAGCAAUCUAAAUCAGUUAAUUUUUUACUUAGGUCUUGUUGGCUAGACCUUUGACCAUUCGGAAUCUCUACCCAAACUAUUUCAGUGGGUCCAUAUCUUUCUAAAACUGUUUCAUAACCAAAAUGUUACAGUACUUCUGUGCAGUGUGACAGAAAGAUAUAGCUACUGUCAGGUAAAGCUGAGUUCACAUGACUUACAGAAUAUCUUUCUGUUUUUACACGCCAGUGUGAUAUUUCCCUUUCUUGCUAGAACAUCGUACUUCUGACAACAUCUGGCCUGGUGCAAUCUGAUCUUUCUACUUGUGCAGUUGUUGGUUUCUCUCUCCUUCUUCAAUCUUCAUGUGUCAUUAGAUUUUAUUCUAUUUUCACCAGAAAUUUGAUAAGAUUAUAUCUAGAUGAUACCAAGCAGUAUCAUCUGAAAAACAUAAUAAGAACAUGCACUUUGUCUUAGGACUAUAUGAAAAUAUUUGGUUGUAUUUAGGGCUGCCAGAGAACCUUAUUUGGUACAGUAAGACACACAAAGAAUAUUAUUUUCCUACUGAAUUUAUGUCCUGUUUACAGAGGCUUGAGUUAGAACAUAUUUCUCUAGUUUACUUAUGAAAAUAUAUUGAGGUUGAUGACAAUUUUCUCUACUCCCUUAUCAAAGCACUUUCAGAUAACCAGAAAGAAAAACCAGAUUUUUCUGGUAUGAUUUAUUUUUUAUAAAACCAUGUUAGCAGUUAUCUACCUACUUUUUUCUUCUCUCUCCUUGCAAAUAGUUAAAGUGUUCUCAGCUUUUUCUGAUACAGAAUGUUAACUUUCCUAAUCUUUUUUUCUUCUGCCACACAAACUUGCCUUGUUUUUCCAGUCUUUCAGAGCCUGUACUCUGUGAAUUCUUAAGUACAGUAGAUAGUGGCUGGAGAGAUGGAUUCAGGUAGGUUUUUAUCCUAGAACUGAAUUUCAUCAAACUCACACAAUUAAGAAAAAGAAUUAAUAAAAAUAUUUAAGAUAGCUUUAAUCUGUGCACUUAGUGUAACUGUGGAACACAUGAUCAGUGGCUGAACUCCACUUUUGGGAUAGUGAAACAUACAGAGUGAAGAUAUGAAAAAAAUAAUCAAAACAUUUUAGGACUCAGAAUGUUUGGAAAAAUAUUUUUUAUCAAAUCCUAAUUAUUUU